CCGUGUCCCCGCAGGUGCGGAUCCCCUCCCGCCGCCCCCGGUGCAUCGCCCCGGAAUAGGGACCCCUCCGCCGAAAGGAACCCCCCCCACCCCGAGGAAGAGACACCCCCAGAGAUGGACACCCACCCCACGGGGGAAAGGGGGAGCCCCGAUACAGACACCCCUCGGCACGGACACCCCCCCCUCCGAGGGCAGGCCGCCAUGGCUGACCCCAGCCACAUCCAGUCGGCCGCCUCCAAGAGCAUCCGCCCCUUCCGCUCCAGCGAGGAGUACCUGGAGGCCAUGAAGGAGGACCUGGCCGAGUGGUUCAACACCCUCUACGACCUGGACAUCCAGGUGGACACCUUCCUGGAGAGCCUGGAGACGGGAUGUCACCUCUGCCGCCACGCCAACAACGUCAACCGCACCGCCCUGGACUUCCAGGAGCGGCACCCCGAGGCGGCCGCCCGCAUGCGCGUGCCCCAGAACGAGGUGGUCUUCCAGGCCAAGAACGUGGUGCCCGGCUCCUUCAUUGCCCGGGAUAACGUCUCCAACUUCAUCCAGUGGUGCCGGCAGGACCUGGGCAUCCAGGACGUGCUCAUGUUCGAGACCAACGACUUGGUGCUGAAGAAGAACGAGAAGAACUUUGUCCUCUGCUUGCUGGAGGUGGCCAGGAGGGGCUCCAAGUUUGGGAUGCUGGCCCCCAUGCUGAUCCAAAUGGAAGAGGAGAUCGAGGAGGAGAUGAGGGACCAAAUGGCCGACGGCGCGCUGGGCACGCGCCGGGAGAGCCGGGACCCCCAGGCGGGCGCCUUCCCCAGCCGGGCCCGGCCCAUCACCCUCUGCGACCUCAAGAACCUGGACGAGCUGGUGCGGGAGAUCCUGGGCUGCUGCUCCUGCCCCUCGCAGUUCCCCAUGGUCAAGGUCUCGGAGGGGAAGUACAAAGUGGGCGACUCCAACACGCUCAUCUUCGUCCGAGUGCUGAGGAGCCACGUCAUGGUGCGCGUGGGCGGCGGCUGGGACACACUGGAACAUUACCUGGACAAGCACGACCCGUGUCGCUGUGCUGCCCUCUCUCACCGCCUGCCCCAGCCCCGCACCCCGGGCAUGUCCCCCCAAAAAGCAGCUGCCAGCACCUCCUCGUCCCGCGCCCCCAGCCCCAGCACUCCCCGGCGCCCCCGGCCCGCUGGGCCCCCCCCGGCCGGGGCGGAGCGGGAGCGGGGCCCCCAGCCCCGGGGGGACCCCCCGAAGCCCCCCAGGCAGGAGGGUUUGCCCCCCCGAGGGGGUGCCGCCCCCCGCUCCGGCUCCGGCAGCCCCUCCAGGAGCCCCGCGGAGCCGCGGGGAACGGGAACGCUCAGGCCUCGCGCCCCCGCGCGCUCCCGGCGCUGCUCGGGCGACAGCGACUCCUCGGCCGCCUCCGCGCAGAGCGGCCCCCGCCGCCCCCCGGCCCGCCGGGACCCCCCGGACCCCCCCGGCCCGCCGGGCUCCCCCCGCGCCCCCCGCGCCGCCGCGUCCCCCCGCGGGUCCCCCCGCGCCUCCCGCAGCCCCGGGCGCGGCCCCGCGCCGCUGCUGCUCAUCCGCCGCCGGCCCGACGGGCAGCACUCGUGGGCACGGGCAGAGCCCCCCGCGGCCGGGGCCUGCCCCGUGGGGAGCCCCGGGGGGCGGCGCGACCCCCGGCCCGGCCCCGGGGACCCCGAGGAGCUGGCGCGGAGGCUGCGGGCCCCGCGCUGGCUGGAGCCCGGGCAGGAGCAGCGGCUGUUCCAGCGGCUGGAGGAGGAAUUCCUGGCCAACACGCGGCUGCUGGAGCAGCUGGGGGACACGGAGAGCCCCCCCCCCGCGCCCCCUGCCACCGCUGACUCGGCCUAUUGCUCCUCGUCAUCCUCGUCUUCCUCACUGAACGUGUUCGCCAAGCACGGGCUGCCCGCCGAGGACGGGCGGCGGGGCGGCAGCAGCAGCGACGGCAACAACGGCAACAGCAACGGCAACAACGGCGGCUGCCCCCCGCUGCCGUCCAACCCCACCCUGGCAGCUGCGAGGCGCCGCUCCACCUUCUCCAGCUCCUCCGACGAGAGCUGCUGCUUCCCGGCCUCCUGGGACAACCGGGAGACCCCGGGGAACCCCGGCUCCGACACCGACUGGGCGACCGGGGAGGACGAGCUGAUGGAGAUGGAGGAGAGCGCCGGGCCGGGGGUCCCCGCGCCCCCGCCGCGGCCCUGGGCCAAGCCCCGGCUGGACACGCAGCCCCACAAGACGCCGUCCCGGAUUCCCACCCCCCGGGGGUACGGGGCAGGCGCCCACCGAGCCUCGAACGGCAGCCCCAAGGCCUGGGGGGCUCUGCAGAGCAUCCCCUCCGCGCUCCUGGAGCCCCCCUGGGCCCCGCGGGAGCGCGAGGGGCUGGAGGAGAACGCGUGGCCAUGAGGAGUCGAUGGCCGUGACAGCUCCUGGCAGCCCCGGGGACAUCCCCGAGCUGCUGCGGGAGGGGGGAGGUGGCACCUGUGUGGAGACACCCGGCCAGGCGAUGGACACAGAGCUGGGGUGGCCAGGACCCCUGCACUUGGUGACUGUUGGCAUGGGGGUGGGCCCUGCAAGGAGCCCCCAGCCCCAGCCAGGCCCGAAGGGUGCCGGGGCUGUCCCCAUGCCAUGGGGAGCAGCUCCACAGGGGGGUCAUGGUGUGGUCAGGGCAGUGGUGGCCAGGGCAGAGCUGGCACCUGGGAACGGGGCUGGAGAGGACCCAGCUCUUCUUCUCAUCUUGGUCUCUUCCUCCUCAUUCUUCUCUGCUCGUUUUCCUCAUCUUGACCUCCUCCUCCUCUCCUCUUCUUGCUAUUCUUGUCAGCCUCCUCCUCUCCUCAUCUCAGAUCUCUCCUCUUCUUUUGGGCUGCCUCCUGCAUCUCUUGUCUUCUCCUCCUCUAGGCCUUCACAUCCUCAUCAUCUUCUUGACCUUCCCCUCUUCUCAGCCUCUUGUCAUCACCUCCUCGGCCACUUCCUCUCCUCCUGUCAUCUCCUCUCCACUGCUGAGAUGGCUCGGGGACAUGCAGUUUGUCACCACAACCCAUAUUUCAGGGCAGGAGGGAUCACUCUUCCCUCUCCAGCCCCCAGCCGGCCACAGCACUGCCCACAGCUCGUGUUGAUGUCCCCGGGGUGGAACAGGGCUGUGUCCCCAGCCCAGGCCACCGUGGCCCCCACCCCUGUGGCCCUGCAUGUCCUCCCCAGCCAGUAAAGACGAACGGAGCUGA